AUGGAUACCUCGUUCAGAGCAAUCAUCAACAACUUAUAUCUUCAAAGAUUGAUAUUCACACAUGUUCACCAGAUUUUGCAACACGAGGUAGACCAACUGCCACAUGUUCACAUCACUUUCACAGGCAACAUUCUGAAAUGGAGCCAACUCCAAUACAGCAUUGGAACACUCCUUCAUCACGGAUACAUCGAGCUCUUCAUUCAGAUGGUAGAACGCAUUCAUCUGGUCGCCAGCAACAACGAUGUCGGUGUGAAUGAUCGUAAUCAUGCCAAAGACCGUCUGAAGAAGAUCUCGGCCCAAUCCGUGUCUGCCGCCAUAGCCUAUGGUCAUUUGUCGUUGGUAAGGCUCCUCCACACUGGCCAGGACGAGAGGCUCAACAAACUUGUCUAUGAGUGGAGGUCGCCUUUUGGAUAUGCCGCCUAUCUAGGACAUCUUGACAUCGUCCGCUUCCUGCACGAGUGCCGCUCUGACAACGUAUCAUCAUCAGCAAUGGACUCUGCUGCUGGCAAUGGACACUUGGAGGUCGUAGAUUUCCUUCACAAGAAUCGGACGGAGGGAUGCACCACCAAUGCUAUGGACAAGGCCGCUGCGAAUGGUCGGCUCAAGGUCGUGGAGUAUCUGCAUAGCAACCGAGAGGAGGGGUGCACUUCUCAGGCCAUGACCAAGGCUGCCACGUCUGGACACCUGGAGAUUGUCAGAUUCCUGCACACACACACCGAACCGAGGGCUGCAGCGUCGGGGCCAUGGACUCUGCUUAAUGGACACAUGGAGAUCGUGGUCUUUCUUCACACCAAUCGCAGCGAAGGGUGUACAAGAGCUGCACUAAACUCGGCCGCAGCCAAUGGAGACUUUGAUAUUGUCACUUUCCUGCAUUUAAAUCGCACAGAGGGCGGCAACUAUCCAAUCAACCUAGCCGCUUGCAACGGACAUUUAAGGGUUGUCCAGUAUCUCCAUGAGAACAUGACAACAGAGGCAUGCAAUACUUCGGCAAUGGAAGGUGCAGCGGCCGCUGGACAUAUCGACAUUGUCUGUUUUCUCUAUGCAAACAGGACCGAAGGAAUCCACUGUCUUGGCGCCCUCUUGGAUCGGAUUGAAAGAGAUGAGACGAUGAUGCAAUUCAUCCAAAGCCAUCAAGCUAAACUGCGUUGUGUAUGUCGCAUCAUUGAAUAUCAUGACGAGUGCGAAAAUCUCGAUCUGCCAAGCAGUCUUCUUCUUGUAGACACUAGUUGA